AUGAAUGUCACAAAUGAUGAGCCGACCACUGGUUUGGACUCAUUUAUGGCCAAAAGUAUAGUACAAGUGCUGAAGACUAUGGCAUCGGAGGGACGGACUGUCAUCUGUACUAUACAUCAGCCCUCGUCUCCAGUCUUUGAACUCUUCGACAGUCUAUUACUUAUGGCCGACGGAAGGGUGAAGCAAAAGAUUUCUUUUCAUCGCAAGGAUUAGUUUGCCCAAAAACCUACAGUCCAUCGGAUUAUUAUUUACGGGAAUUGGCAAUAAUGGAUAGUAAUUAUGCGCAAACUAAAAGCA